UAAUCCAAAAUACGUACACGUCUCACCAGUCACCUCUCAUAUUGUCCAUAGCUUGUUUAGUAAACUAGUGUAUGAACGUUUUUUUAAAUUGUAGUACGAAACUUCGAGCCAUCGUCAUCAACCGUUAUUGUCCGGUUUAAUUUUGUUCUGUAAAAAUGGUAAAAAAGGAGAAAUAUGAACCUUUGUUCACCAAAGAAGAAGAACAACUGUUGUCUGAUUUUAGCAGAAAUGUUACCACCAAGUCUUUAGCACUGUUCUAUGGAAGCGCUUUCAUGGUCUCUGCAAUGCCCAUAUGGCUCUAUUGGAGAAUUCACAUGAUUGAAAUGAUGCCAGCCCUCGUUUGGUUCAUUCUUGUCACUUUGGGCAGCACAUACCUUAUCUCAUUCGCCUAUAAAAAUACUAAAUUCAUACUGAAACACAAGAUCGCGAUCAAAAGGGAAGAAGCAGUGACUAGGGAAAUCGCUAGAAAAUAUGCUGAUGACAAAAAAAUUAGCAAGAAAGAAAAGGACGAAAAAGCUCUAUUCCAAAAAAACGAUGUAGCAGACUAUGAAGCAACAGCAUUUUCAAUUUUCUACAACAAUGCAUUAUUUUUGGUCAUUGUAGUUUUGCUCAGUUUCUAUCUUCUGAAGGGAUUCUCAACAACAGCGAAUUACAUAUUUUCUGUUGGAAUUGCAAGUGGAUUAAUUGCUUUGUUUUCAACUGGAACUCAGUAAUCAUUCUUUGUGACCUGCCACCUCAACAUCGCAGAAUUCAAGUUCUAUGAACUUACGAUGUUAUACAGAAAGAAGUAUAUGGACUACAAAAAAAAAUUGUGUAUACAAUUUGUAUAAAUAAUAUAUUAGAUCCUAAUGUAUAAAAAAAAA